AUGACCGAAGAAAAUAAAGUUAAUAUUGAACAACCAGUUCAACAACAAUCAUCUGGUAAUGAUGUUUUCAACACUUUAUCAAGAAAAUUCACUAUUCCACCAAAACCAAAAACCAUCGCAGAAGGUGUUAAAAGAGAUUACGUUUUAGUUGGUGGUCUUUUAGCUACUAUUGGUUUCUUAACCGCUGGUAUGUUCAAUCACUCCAAAGGUGGUAAUACACUCACUACCAAUCGUUUAUUAAAGGGUAGAAUUUGGGCCCAAGCUUUCACCGUUUGUGCUAUGGGUUGGUACGCUUUCGCCUAUCAAAAACAACUCGAUGAGGAAGCUGAAAUUGAAGCCCCCAAACACAGAAAAGUCGUUUUAACAUAAAUUUGUUCAAACUUUUAAAUAAUAGUAUAAAUUUUAUAUAUAAUAAUCAAAACUCAAAUAUUUAUAUAUAAAAAAAAAAACAACCAAUAUAUUUAUUUUUUUCAUAUAUAAUAACACAGUAAUAAUAGUAAAUAGUAACAAAACAAUAUAAUAUAAUUUUUCAAUUUUUCAAUUUUUAUAUAUAAACUUUAAAAAAAAAAAAAACUCAAAUAAUCAAAUUAUAAUAACAAUAAAAAAAAAAAAAGAAAUAAUGAUGCAUUUAAACCAUCAUUAUAAAAUAUAAAAAAACCUCCCCUCCUUUUCUUUGUAUAAUAAAUUAUUUAUUU